AUUUCACAAAAGUAAGGUAUAUGCACUUUUUGUACUUAUGUCACUUUUUCCUCAGAAUUAGAUCAUAGAGAGUAUCACUGUGUUUAAAAUUAUCUUAUUAAAUACUAGAAGUUCCUCACCUACAUGAGAGCCAUUUCUAUUCUCAUUUCAACUUUGGUUAAUUAAAAACUGUGGUCAAUGUGCUAUUUUUAUACUGAUUUUUCAUUCCAGGAAUUGUUGGCAUUCAGAGAUGUGGCCAUUAAUUUCUCUGAAGAGGAGUGGGAAUGCCUGGAUCCUGCUCAGCGAAAUUUAUAUAGAGAUGUGAUGUUAGAGAACUACAGAAACUUGGUCUUCCUGGCCAGGAGUUCUCAUCAUAUUCAUGAAUCUCCAUCAGAGCAGGGAAUAAAAUAUUUGUUUCAAAGAAUGAUGAAGGGAAGAUACCAUGACAGUGAUAAACCCUACAAAUUUAAAGAAUGUGGCAAAAGUUUUAAUCAAAGAUCACCCCCGGUUAAGCAUCAGAGUAUUUGUGCUGGAGAGAAGCCAUGCAAGUGUAAAGAAUGUGUCACAGCCAUUAAUAAUUGCUCAACCCUUUCUGAACAUCUCAGAUUUCAUAGCAGUGACAAAACAAAAAGCUCACUUGAUAAUCAAUGCCAGAUACUUUGUACUGGAGACAAAUCCUGCAAGUGUGAAGAAUAUGCCAAAUCCUUGAAGAAUUUUUCAAUCUUUACUCAACCCCAAGGUUCUUAUAAUGGAAAGAAGUACAACUGUAAAGAAUGUGGCAAAGAUUUUCAUAUGAGAUCAUUGCUUACUGCACACCAGAGAAAUCAUACAAGGGAGUGGCCCUACAAAUGUGAAGAAUGUGGCAAAGGUUUUUAUCAAUCAUCACAACUUAAAACACACCAGAGAAGUCAUACUGGAGAGCGGCCCUACAAAUGUGAUGAAUGUGGCAAAGGUUUUAGUCAAAGAUCAAGUCUUACUCAACAUGAGAAAAUUCAUACUGGAGAGCGGCCCUAUACAUGUGAAGAAUGUGGCAAAAGAUUUUAUCAAAGAUCAAAGCUUGCUGAACACCAGAGAAUUCAUACUGGAGAGUGGCCCUACACAUGUGAAGAAUGUGGUAAAGGUUUUAGUCAAAGAUCAACCCUUACUCACCACCAAAGAGUUCAUACUGGAGAGAAGCCCUACAAAUGUGAAGAAUGUGGCAAGGGUUUUCAACAAAGAUCAUAUUUUAAGAUACACCAGAGAAUUCACACUGGCGAGCGGCCAUACAAAUGUGAAAAAUGUGGCAAAGGUUUUAGUCAAAAAUCAAGCCUUACUCAACACCAGAGAAUUCAUACUGGAGAGCGACCCUACAAAUGUGAAGAAUGUGGCAAAGAUUUUAAAGAAAGAUCAUAUCUUAAGGAACACCAGCGAGUUCAUACUGGAGAGCGGCACUACAAAUGUAAAGAAUGUGGCAAAAGCUUUUAUUUCAGAGCAGGCCUUACUCAACACCAGAGAAUUCAUACUGGAGAGCGGCCCUACAAAUGUAAAGAAUGUGGCAAAGGUUUUAAGCAAGGAGCGCAUCUUAAUGAACACCAGAAAAUUCAUACUGGAGAAAAGUCCUACAAAUGUAAAGAAUGUAAGAAAACUUUUAAUGAAAUUCAAAACCUUCCUCCACAUCACAGUGUUGAUACAGUUGAGAAGCCCUACAAAUGUGGAGGAUGUGGCAAACCUUUUAAUCAAAGAUCAGACCUUGUUUACUACCAGAAAAAUCAUGCUGGAAAAAAUCUCUACACAUGUGAAGAAUGUGGCAAAGGCUUUCAUUACAGAUCAAAUCUUAUUAUACACCAGAGAAUUCAUACUGGAGAGAAGCCCUACAAAUGUAAAGAAUGUGCCAAAGAUUUUUGUCGAAAAUCAAGCCUUACUAGCCAUCAGAGAGUUCAUACUGGAGAGAAGCCUUACAAAUGUAAAGAAUGUAGCAAAGGUUUUGCUCAAACAUCACAACUUAAAGCACACCAGAGAAUUCAUACUGGAGAGAAGCCAUACAUUUGUAAAGAAUGUGGCAGAGCUUUCAGUCAAAGAGCUAAGCUUGCUGACCACCAGAGGAUUCAUACUGGAGAGUGGCCGUACACAUGUGAAGAAUGUGGCAAAAGUUUUAAUUACAUAUCAAUCUUUACUCAACACCAGAAAAGUCAUACUGGAGAUAGGCCCUAUAAAUGUGAAGAAUGUAGCAAAGCUUUUCGUCAUAGAUCAACCCUUGCCAAACACCAGAAAUUUCAUACUGGAGAGAAGCCCUAUAAAUGUGAAAAAUGUGGCAAAGGUUUUAACCAAAGGUUAUACCUUAUUGAUCAUCAGAGAAUUCAUACUGGACAGAAGCCAUACCAUUGUAAAUAAUGUCAAAGGUUUUGAUUGAAAAUCAUGCCUUACACUACAUCAAAGGAUCCAUACUGGAGGGAGCCUCUACAAGUGAAACAUGCCACUGUCAACAUUUGACAAUGGUUCAACACUUAUUCCACACCAGAGGAAUCAUUGCAGAUAGAAAUAGAAAUGUAA